GGAAGAAGAAAAUAGAAUUGAUGUCUCCUGCCAUUCUAAGUACGCAGAAGAGUGCCCAUGAGGAAGAGAAAGAAGGGAAUGUGGAAAAUGAUCGUCAAGAGAAGGCCAUGGAGGUGGUGAAUGAAGAAGAAGAGGAUCGUCUUCGCCUAACAUGGCGUGUGUUUGCUAAAGAAGUGAAAGCAGUUAUCUGUGUGGCAGGGCCUAUGGUGGCUGUGAACUAUUCAACCUUCUUUCUGCAAACUAUUGCUUUGAUGAUGGUGGGUCACUUGGGAAAACUAGCCCAAUCUAGUACUGGUGUUGCCAUUUCUCUUUGUGCUGUCACUGGCUUUAGUGUCAUAUUUGGGUUGGCUUCUGCACUGGAAACACUAUGUGGGCAAGCCUACGGAGCUAAGCAAUAUAAGAAGUUUGGUGUUCAGAUUCAAACUGGCAUCUUCUGUCUUCUUUUAUGUUGUAUUCCUCUAUCUAUGCUAUGGCUUAACUUAGGGAGGGUAUUGGUUGUGCUUGGUCAAGACCCUUUAAUUGCACAUGAAGCUGGAAAAUUUGCAGUUUGCUUAAUUCCUGCUCUCUUUGGUUACGCAAUACUUCAAGCCUUGGUUCGAUUCUAUCUUAUGCAGAGCAUGAUCACUCCUCUUGUGAUCUCUUCUUCAUUAACUAUCACCUUCCACGUAGUUUUUGUUGGACGCUGGUUUUUAAAUCUGAAUGGCUCGCUUUGGAGGAGCUUUUGCCAUUGGUAUUUCUUAUUGUUGAAUGUGAUGUUACUUGCGUUAUAUAUGAAAUUCUCUGAUUCUUGUGCAAAGACUCGGGUUCCAAUUUCCAUGGAGCUUUUCCGUGGGAUUAGAGAUUUCUUUCGCCUCGCGGUUCCUUCAGCUGUGAUGGCUUGCCUUCAAUGGUGGUCAUAUGAGGUGACUACAUUGCUCGCUGGUCUCCUACGACCAAACCCACAGCUUGAAACUUCAAUAUUAGCCGUAUGUGUAUCAAUGAACGUCACUAUUUAUUCAAUACCAGAAUCAGUUGGCUCAGCAGCAAGCACAAGAGUUUCAAAUGCAUUGGGAGCUGGAAAUGCACAGGCAGCACGUGUGGCUGCCUUAUGUUCAAGGAUUCUAUCAGCUUGUGAGGCACUUAUAGUGAGCUCAAUUGUUCUCUCAAGCCGGAAUGUUUUAGGACAUGUCUUCAGCAACGAGCCUGAAGUGAUAGGCUAUGUAUCAGACAUAGCUCCUUUGUUAGCUCUAUCUGUCUUUGCAGACUCCUUACAAGGUGCCCUUACAGGGAUUGCUAGGGGAAGUGGGUGGCAACGCAUAGGAGCAUAUGUAAAUUUUGGAGCUUAUUAUGUUGUUGGCAUUCCACUUUCUGCAAUAUUGGGUUUCUUGGUACACUUGAGAGGGAAAGGCCUUUGGCUUGGAAUAACAAGUGGUACAAUUUGCCAAGUGAUUAUACUAUUGGUCAUAAUAAGUUGCACAGAUUGGGAAAAAGAGGCAAAAAAAGCUAGGGAGAGGACCUGA